UGCGCAGUGUCAACGGGGGGCAAGCGAGUGGCAGUCGCACCGACAAUCGGACGGACACGAACGUGUCUAAUAAUAAUUUAAAUUUAAUAUAUACAUAUAUAUAUUUACAAAACUUAUCUUUGUUUAUCUCAACACGCAGUGGACUAAGUGAAAUCUGUGACUGUAACUCCUCAAGCGUAUCAGUAUUCAGACUGGGAAAGUGACCGUCGGAAGAAAUCCGUUUAUAGAACAUUCGACUUUCGGGUACCGAUUCGUGGAUCGGCCGAAUGUGAUGUUAAUUCCAGAUUUUUACUCACGGUAACCGCUUACGUAGACAGCUAGCGGUAAAACGCCGCCCGCGCCACUGGUUAAAUAACCGUCAGGUUUCUAAAGCGACUCCGACCAAACUUGAACGUGAAUUCGGGCCCUGGCAUCCCGUUAGCGGUUAGAGCAUGCGAGUGACUUGUAAGUAAAUCGGACGUAGUGUUGUCAGUGCAGUGAGGAUAGUACAUGGCGAAAUGAUUAACGGAGGCUGGGUGUGCGCGUUGAAUGUCCGUACGGCGGGUCUAGGAGGCGCAGCGCUGGGUUCCGACGAGGAAGAGGUUGUCUAUCUAGCCUAUGUCGUAAUAGACGUGCUCACCAACCAGGUGAUUGGUGAGAGGGAGUAUGCUGUCCGUCCGACGAGGAGGCCCUCCGAAGAGCUGCAGACUGGUCAGCCCCUGGAUGUAGUGGUGCAACAGGUGGACGAGUUCGUCCACUCCCUGCAGGUGGACCCUCUCUCUCCACUGUUCAGACUCGUCACGGACGGUCAGCCGCCGCUCAGACAAUGUCUUCAUCCGGAAGCGUGCUCGAAGGAUAUAACUCUGCCGCCCUACUACGCCCGCUUCCACGACCUCCGCAAGGAGUACGUGAGGGCGUACACUCUCCGCGCAGUCACCAGGUCCCAGCCGCCACCUCCGGACCAUCCUAACAGCAUCUCCGACAUGAUGGGAUAUCUAGGCAUAACUCCCUACACCGGAGACAACUUCUAUGCAGCCGAGGUCAAGGAUAUGGCGGCCAUUAUACAGAGGAUCAUAGCUGAUGGCUUCAGACUAGAACUACCAGAAACGAUCGACCUGGUCCUAGAAACUGGAAUAUGCUCAAAGGACGAUGAGAUUGAUGGGAACUGCAUAGUGAGAGCUCGUGGUCUUCCUUGGCAGUCUUCGGACCAGGAUAUAGCUAAGUUCUUCAGGGGACUCAAUGUUGCUAAGGGUGGGGUAGCUCUUUGUCUAUCACCUCAGGGCAGACGGAACGGGGAGGCGUUGGUGCGUUUCGUGUCUCAGGAACACAGGGACAUGGCGCUCAAGAGACACAAACACCACAUCGGACCGCGGUACAUCGAGGUGUACCGCGCCAGCGGUGAGGAUUUCCUGUCAGUGGCCGGUGGCGCCACCUGUGAGGCUGCGGCCUUCCUAUCUCGAGGGGCUCAGGUCAUAGUGCGGAUGAGAGGACUGCCCUACGACGCGACACCGCAGCAAGUUCUGGAGUUCUUCUCGUCGGGCGAGGAGCCGGUGCAGGUGUUGGACGGUGCGGACGGAGUGCUGUUCGUGCGCAGAGCUGACGGCCGGGCCACCGGGGACGCCUUUGUGCUGUUCAGCAAGGAGGCCGACGCUCCCAAGGCCCUCGCCAGGCACCGGAAACUCAUAGGAGCCAGAUAUAUCGAGCUCUUCAGGAGCACAACCGCUGAGGUCCAGCAGGUGUUAAAUCGCUCGCUCGAGAGUCGCGGCCAGACGCCUGGUGCCCAGGAGCUGGUCCCCGUGACGCUCGUCCCACAACACGUUAUCACUUCCGGUACAGCCAAAGACUGUGUGCGACUCCGCGGGCUGCCUUAUGAGGCGCAGGUGGAGCAUAUCUUGACCUUCCUGGACGAGUUCGCGAAGAACAUUGUGAUGCAGGGAGUUCACAUGGUUUACAACGCGCAGGGUCACCCGAGUGGAGAGGCCUUCAUCCAGAUGGACAGUGAAGCCAGCGCCUUCCUCUGCGCCCAGCAGAAACACCACCGGUACAUGACCUUCGGCAAGAAACAGAGAUACAUCGAGGUGUUCCAGUGCUCCGGGGACGACAUGAACCUGGUGCUCACGGGCGGCGUGGGUCCUUCGCCCCCCAAGGUGUUGUCCCCCGGUACGUGUCUGCCCCCCGCGCCCCGGCUGCUCGCGCACCACAUCGCUCAACAGAGCCUGCUGGCCCGACAGCACGAGAACCUCCUGCUGUCCAUGCGGCCGCCCGUCCUGCCGCUCGUGCCCCUCCGCCCGCCCCCACCCGCUCAGACCUACCCCAUACUCCCCCAGUCCAUCCUCCCCGCCAAACGCAGCUACGACCGCGCCUUCGCCCCCGACCCGUCCCCCGCCAAGCGCCAGUACAUCCAGCCGUCUCUCCCGCUGCCGAUGCUCUCGUACUCCACGUCCCCGUCUAUAUUCUCGUACGCCAACACCGGGCCGAUGUUUUCGUACAGCGCCCUGCCCGCCCUGCCGAGCGUCCCGGGCUACGGCACGGCGCUGUCCGCGGCUCUCCCGCCCACCAUCACCAGCCCCUUCCCCGGCUCUCUGUCCAUGUUCCCCACCUACCCCUACUACCCCGGGGUGUAGCGCGGUACCUGGUACCUGAUCGGGAACUUAUAAGUAACAUGACAGACAGACAGACAACAGACAGACAGACAGACAGGGUCGCUCGACAGAAAAGAAACAGGGUAUUGAUAUGACAAUAAGCUCAGUACUAGCGUUAGUGAAGUCCGUGACGUCACCUUCAUAAUAAACACGGCCACGUAACGCCGGCCGCCGUUCAGAUGCAGGCGAGCCGCGUGUCAGGCCCCGCCCGCGGGUCACGAUCAUUCUAUCUAGCGGACGUUCGUAUGUAUAUGAUUGUUCUGGAAGGGCUCGCGUGUCCCCAGCACGAGCUGCAGCCGUAGGUUAAGUUAGCGCUUAGAUGAAGUUUUUGUUGAAUUUGUCCGGACUUUUAUUGUUGAACGUUAAUAUUCUAAUGUCGAUGACAGCUAGAGUAAGUUCGCGUAAGUUGAUUGUUAAGUCGAGUAAGUGUUUGUUUUGAUAUCGUUGUGAUUAAUGCGUAGACAUUCCAUUUGUUACGAAAGUCUGAUGAAAAUGUAGUACUUAGAACGGAUUUUAUAAGUAUAAGAAGUUAACAAGGGACCUCCCGGCGCUCCUCUCCCCACCCCCUACCCCCCUCACCCCUCCCUAUAACAUAGUCUCACCACAUUAUAUACCUCACACCACAUAGGAGUAUCUUAAUUAUAGAAUAUUCUGGGCAUAUCUCAUGGUGUUGCCAUCACCGAGGUACUGGGCUUCACUGGCAAUGGCUAAUUAUAUGUUGUUAUUUUAUAUAAAUUAUUACUAGUUAUCUAACAAUGAAUUAUAUCGUCUAGUUUAUUAGAUUGUUAAGCCAGUCCACACUCCGUGCGGCGUCUGCCUGGUCGCAGUGUGCACCGGCUUUGUAUUGUAAUAUCCGGGCGGGUCGUGUUAUGGAAAAUGCAUGUUUGUAUGAGCGGUGAGUGCACCAUAUAUAUGUUCAGUACGUCCCCCGUAGCAUGCCAGGUCGCCGGUAACCGCACGGUCCAUGCGGGGUCAUCCGUUUCCCAGAGCACGGCGCGCCCGGCGGAACUGGAACUUAUAUAAUCUGUACUUUAAAUGUUGGAAUACGAGUUGUUCAUGUGUCGGCAUCCGGCUUCCGUAACGGUCAUGUGGUUACAAAGUUUAUUCUAUUAAGACGGCGACGGACUCUUCGGCCAUCGACUCGGCGGGCGGGUGGCUCGAGCCGCGCCCCGAUGUGGGCGAAGGGUCCGUCGCCAUGGCGACGAUGACGUCACGCCGCUCGCUUUAUAUUUAGUCUUCCGAUAGUCCUAGUUCCGCCCCUCAGUCACGGACGCGCUUCCUCUCUCUGCUUCGUCUCUGUUUCUGGUGUAUCGAUGUGGCUCCAUCUUGCGGUCGCUGUAUCUCUUCCAUUGACCCGUGUAGUGACUGGGGGACGUGGUGUGAGGUUUUUCUCUCUGUUAGUCCUUUGUCUCCAUGGCGUCACUGGACGAGGGUGUCAUAACCGUUUGUAAUCUUCCGUAAGAGCAUCUCUCUCCGGUGUCCAGGGCCCGUUCGCGUCUCUAUCUAUAACACGUAGCUGUAAGUUGCGGACUCUAAUGUUUUUGUUAGAUCCUCUAGUUAACAUUAUACUAUAGUUGGCUAUAUUUUUUUUAUCUAUAUAUCUAUAUAUAAAUAAAUCGAUAAUUUUUCGUGUUA